UGCAUGCUCCGCUCCAUUUGAUCCUCCUUGUUGCUGUGUUUGUGUGUGUUGUUCCCGGCGUUCAGCUUGUCCCCCUCCGUUCUCAGGUAUAGUAUAACUGGCUCCCCACUAUUCCGCUGUGCUCAGGUCGUGCUGCGACCGGGACAACGUACGCAUCUCUCACACUGCCCGCCACCCACUGAUAAUGUUCUUAGUGUAUCAGAUAGAGCCCCCCGGGCCAGCUGUCCACAAUCAUUCUCGUUUGACAUACACGCACACGCCGGUGGUCUGUGUAACACAUUUCUCCCUGGCCUCCGGUAUAGCUGUGAGAUCAGGCUGUUAUGCAUUAGCGUGUGGGCCACAAAGCAGGGCUGGGUUAGGGGGGGAUCUGCCUGUGCUUUUGUGGUUGUCAUAAUAGCUGCUGGUGUCAACGGGUUAGGAGGAGGAACCAGAGGAGAAACCCGCCAGUGAACUAGAGAUGUUUAAUUUAAAGUUGCUUGAAUGGGAUGUUGGCUGAGCACACCAAAGGCCCGAUGUAAAGCACAAAUUCACCUCCUCGCCUAUCCUCUUGGUACCUGGAUCCUGUGCAGAGCUGAUCAGUAUGAGCUGAGCUCUUGCUAUUGGGGGUGUGUCUAGGGGUGAUUUUUUUUUCUUUCCCCCUCCUUCUAAGAGAGGACUGCCAUAGCAUGUGAGUGUUACGGGGAUUGCCUUGCGGCAUUGGCUGAAUAGGUGCGGACUGUCAUAGGGGUGUCAUGUGCACCUUCCUGCUCACGUUGCAGGGGCAGCCCUAUGUUGGGGCGGGGGGGGGACCCUUCCAACUACCACCCCUCUCAACACUCCUGUCCAAACAAGAACAGGCCAUCCAAACACACACACCUAAUGGCCGUCUGGCAGGGAGGGUGCUGCUUAGGGCAACAAGUUGCGUGUGUGUGUUAUUAGGUGUCUGCAGUUCUAAUAAAGGAAAGCAGUGUGUCCUUCACUGCCUCAUCAGAUGGCUUUGCUCUGCUUUGUCUGCCUUUCUGAUUUCUGUCUAUGUGUCUGUCGGUGUUGCGGUGGAGCUGGAUGGCUCUUAGACUGUGGGUCAUCUGGAGAAAGGCGCUUUCGGGAUGGACCUCACCUGUACUUAUGGACUAUCUCUAUGCAAUGAGUGUGUUUGAGACUGAGAAACUUUAGAUGUUUUUGUGGUGUUUUUGACCUGGUGUGAAGUGGGUAUACAAUAAGGCAGCGUGUGUGUGUGUUUGUGUUUGUGUAUGUGUAUGUGUGUGUGACAUUGCUGUUGCCCACGCCAUUAGAAAUGCUGGGGUGUCCAGCGAGAUUAUUUUUGGAUCAGUGACAGCGUGUCAAUGGCUGCAGAUGCAUCGCAAAGGAAGGCUCUGAGCUACCAACAGACCCUGCUCUACGGAGAGUACAGGGAGCAGCUGGGAAACUUCGCCCGACGGGAGGCUGCCCGUUUACUGACAGAGAGACAAUGGAGAAGACAGGCAGGGGACAAUACCGCAGCCACAGGCCGCAAAGGCCACGGCCGGCGGCAUCAUCAUCAGCACCCUGUGACCCUGGAGUCGCAUCACAGCCAUGCCUCCUCCACCAAGAAGCCUCGUCCCUACUCCAAAUGCCAAGAUUGUUUGGCUCGUGUGCGGCGCUACAUAGUGACAAAAAUGGGAGAGGACUGGAUUUUCCUGGUUCUUCUGGGACUGACUAUGGCUCUAGUUAGCUGGAGUAUGGACUAUGCUAGUGCCAAGAGCCUGCAAGCCUAUAAAUGGGUGCAUGGGGAGCUUAAGGGCAAUGUACUGCUCCAGUACCUCGCCUGGGUUACGUAUCCCAUGAUCCUUGUCAUGUUCGCCUCGCUCUUCUGUCACCUGGUUUCCCCGCAGGCCAUCGGUUCUGGUAUCCCUGAGCUGAAAACCAUCCUGAGAGGUGUAGUCUUAAAAGAAUAUCUGACCCUUAAAGCCUUCAUAGCUAAAGUCAUCGGCCUAACCGCUGGCCUGGGCAGUGGGAUGCCUGUGGGCAAAGAGGGUCCCUUUGUCCACAUUGCCAGCAUCUGCGCCGCAGUGUUGAGUCGAUUCAUGUCCAUCUUCUCUGGAGUCUACGAGAACCCUUAUGGUUACACAGAUAUACUGACUGUUGGCUGUGCCGUGGGGGUGGGAUGCUGUUUUGGCACUCCACUAGGAGGGGUGCUGUUUAGUAUUGAGGUCACGUCUACCUACUUUGCGGUGAGGAAUUACUGGCGGGGAUACUUUGCCGCCACAUUCAGUGCCUUCAUAUUCCGGGUGCUGUCUGUUUGGAACAAGGAUGCUGUCACAAUCACAGCCCUCUUCAAAACAAACUUUCGGAUGGAUUUUCCCUUUGACCUUCAAGAGCUGCCUGCAUUUGCAAUAAUAGGGAUCUCGUGCGGCUUUUUGGGAGCGUUCUUCGUUUACCUGAACAGACAGGUGGUUCUCUUCAUGAGAAGGCCUACGGCUCUUACACGCUUUCUAACCAAACAUCGUUUGAUCUAUCCAGGUGCAGUGACAUUGAUCAUCGCCACCAUCACGUUUCCUCCUGGAUUUGGACAGUUUAUGGCUGGAGAGCUGAUGCCUAGAGAGUGUAUCAACUCACUCUUUGAUAAUUUCACCUGGACCAAAAUCUCAGAAUACCCUGCUCCCCCCAGCCUGGGUCGCUCUGCCGCGUGGCUUCAUCCUCGUGUCAGUGUCUUUAUCAUCCUUCUCCUCUUCUUCAUCAUGAAGUUCUGGAUGUCAGCAGUUUCCACCACUAUGCCCAUCCCCUCAGGUGCCUUUAUGCCGGUGUUCAUAUUAGGAGCUGCUUUCGGUCGCCUUGUUGGGGAGAUCAUGGCCACUCUGUUCCCAAAUGGAAUCUUGUUUGAUGGGAUAGUCUACCGCAUCCUGCCAGGAGGUUACGCUGUCAUUGGUGCAGCAGCGAUGACGGGGGCCGUCACACAUACAGUUUCCACAGCAGUAAUUUGCUUUGAGCUCACUGGUCAAAUCUCCCACAUCCUACCCAUGAUGGUGGCUGUCAUCUUAGCUAAUAUGGUGGCGCAGGGUCUACAGCCGUCUCUCUACGACUCCAUCAUCCAGGUGAAGAAGCUACCCUACCUGCCUGAGCUGGCCCUUGGGCACAUAAGCAAGUAUAACAUCUUUGUGGAGGACAUUAUGGUGCGCAAAGUGAGAUUUCUGUCUUCUCAAGCCACCUUUCGGGAAUUAAACCAUCUGCUUGACACCACGACCCUGAAAACCAUCCCCAUCGUCGACUCCAAAGAAUCUAUGAUUCUGCUAGGUUCAAUUGAGAGGACAGAGCUUCAAGCCCUCUUGGACUGGUGGCUUUCACCUCAAAGACGAGUCUUUGAAAGAGGUCAAAGUUCACCGGGUCAAGCCUCCAAAAUCAGCUGGGAGUCAUUCACCUUUGUAGAUGAGGAGGGAGGAGAGGAAAGCCCCGACAAGACCACCACUCCUGUGCAGGAAGAAUGUAAUGGACCCGUUCCUGCCCCCAAACCUCAGGAGCCCUCCGCCAACCACACAGACUCAGGUAACACGUUAUUUCCACUACAUACAAGGACAGGUUCGCUCAUCCAUGUCACUUGUCUCUACUCUGACAUGCGUUGCCAUACCGCAUCCCCAGACAAGCGCAAGCUGCCAUCUGUCAGGAGGACCCUUCAAAGACUCUUCUCCUCCACGUCUUUGUCAGGCCAGACAGAUACUCAGGAGACCACAACCCCUCAGCUGACUGACACCAUGUCUCCAGAGGAGAUCAAAGCCUGGGAAGAGGCAGAGCUGAACAAACCAAUUGAUAUGGAGCAGAUACGCAUAGACCCCUCUCCAUUUCAGCUGGUGGAAAGAACGUCUCUGCAUAAGACCCACACUCUGUUCUCCUUGCUGGGUCUCAGUCACGCCUAUGUCACCAGCAUUGGUAAGCUGGUGGGUGUUGUGGCACUGAAAGAGUUGCAGAAAGCCAUAGAGGGCUCAACUCGGAGCGGGGUGAGGCUUCGUCCUCCUCUGGCCAGUUUCAGAGACACCAGUAGGAAAGCCAAGAAGCACCAGCCUCCCUCAUCCACCACUUCCUCGCCAACACAGGACAGAGACCUGUGGGGGGAGGGUAGCAGAAGGGAAGGGGAGCUGGUGAGGAGGGAGUCCAAAGACGAUUCCCGAGGGAAGCCUUCAAGAGGAACUCCUGGGUGUGACGUUGCUUCCUCUUCCCCCAGCACCAUGGAGAGCAAUAGUAGCUCCACCUCCACAAGAGGGGCCGAAGGCCCUGCUCAGGAGGCAGCAUCCCCCUCCACCUCCUCCUCUACCUCGCCGUCAGCCCCUGCCUCUCCCAUGUCAGCCACAAGCCCUGUCCUCACACUGUCCUCCCUGCAGGAGGAGAGGGAGAGCGAGGACUCUGAUGAGCCCAUUUAGGAGAAGUGGCUUUUAAGAAGAAAAACUUUUACCUUCUUUUAAUGUCACUCCUUUUCCGAAAAGACAAAGCUGCAGUUUAGAUGGAGGAGUCAAAGCCACCUGCGGCUGUCACAGACAUUCAGCUCUCGGUGGGCAGGAGGAACUGGUGCACACAAAGCUCAAGAAACUUUUAGUACAGGAUAUUUUUUUCUAUUCUGAUGAUAGUUUCACUUUUCCACUCUUUAAAAUCUCAGGUGCUUUCCCGUGUCUUCUGAACUGCUGACAACCGUUUCACUGAAGUUCAAUCUUCCAAGCGUAUCUCUGAAAUGCCGAAAACAGCUGAUUUUCACAUGUAUUAAGAUCUGUUAAUGUCAUUAAAGGUAUAAUAUGCAGCAAUGGUCAGUUAUUGUAAACUUGGCCUUGAGAAUGAGGAUGGAGGGAACAGCUUUAGCAAGAAAAAAGCAAUGAAUCAUAAUUUUCUAAUUGUUUUACAAUGAUUGAGUUCUGAAGCAGAAAUCACACAAGUCAGCAGGGAAGGUGCUGCAUUUCUUAAUUUAGUGUGAAUUAGGUGUGGCUCUAGGCUAUAAACUGGUGUUGACAAUGACUAUAACACAUUACCAGAUAACAUUGCAUUAAUACUUUCUGUGGUUUUUAAGUAGCUACUGCCCAGUGUGUGACACUGGAAACCAUAAAAACAUGAGUGCCAGUCAGUAGUAGUUAUUCCAGUCUAAUUAUUAAAAUUUCUUUCUUAUUUUGGAUAUUGGUGUAAUGAAAACAUGCAAUGAAAACUAACAUCACAACAGCUCUUUUAUAAUAUUUAUGAGGAAAGAAAUAGAGGCAGUGAUGUAAUCCCGCCCUCCUGUUGUUAUUAGCUGGGGGCUACACAAUCAUUGCCCAAUGCUUGCAACCCAGGAAUGUACAGAAAACAGGAAAAACAGAAUAUAUUAAAUCAGUCUGUGCAGAUAAAUACAACAGUAAAGGAAAACUGAGAGAUUUUACUGUUUUAGGAAAAUCCUGCAUAUUAUACCUUUAAGUACCUGUAGGGUAGCUGACAGUAAAGAAUUGUAUUAUAAUGAAAUAAUAUAGUGAUUAAGACUUAAUUAAUUUGACUGAUGGGUCAAAGAGAUCACACAUUUAAAGUUUACUGAUUGAGGUUAAUUUAAAAUUAUAACUUGUUAUAACAUGUUUAUUAUGUAUUUUCUGUAUUGUGAAUCUAAAUCAUUAUUACUGGUUUGUAAUUUUUAAAAAAUAAUAAAUACUAUAUUUGUCCACUAACUUAU